AUGGACCCUAACAAUGUUGUUAAUGCCAAUGUGGCAAAUCCGAAUGGGAAUGAACAACAAAGGAGAGUACUUGAGUCUUACUCUGCACCUACUGCAGAUCUGAAUUCUGUGAACUCUGAGGCUCCUCAGAAGAAGGGUGUUAUGGAAGUAGAAGCUCUAAAUGCUAUUAUUGCUCAGAAUAAGCUCAUGUCUCAACAAAUGAGUCUACUUACUCAACACAUGGGUGGUAUGCAAGUCUCAGCUAUCAACACCCAAAAUCCACCUCAAGAGAUCUCCUAUGACAUGAUAGGUAAUUUUGUGCAAAAUGAUCAUUAUGAUUAUGCUCAAUCCUCGUCUGAACAGGCUCCUGAAUACAAGCCAAAAAUGCCAUACCCUCAGAGGCUUCAGAAGGCGUCCAAAGAAAAGCAGUUCUCUAAAUUUUUAGAUGUCUUCAAGAAGCUACAUAUCAACAUUCCUUUUGCAGAGGCUCUUGAGAAAAUGCCUCUCUAUGCUAAAUUUAUGAAAGAAUUGUUGACCUACAAGAGGAAUUGGAAGGAACAAGAAAUAGUGGUGUUAACCAAGGAAUGCAGUGCCAUUAUUCAACACAACCUUUAUGAGAAGAUGCCAGAUCCAGGGAGCUUUGUAAUUCCUUGCACUAUUGGAGAUGUCACCAUUCAGAGAGCUUUAUGUGAUCUUGGAGCUAGCAUCAAUCUGAUGCCACUUUCAGUGAUGAAAAAGCUUCAAAUUGGGGAGCACCCUAAUGAUUCUAAAGGGUGUAUGAAAAUAAAUGUUAUUGAACCACUUGUUCAAGAGGUACUGAAAGCUGAGGUACUUGAUGACAUUCUGGAUCCUAUUUCUGAGUAUAAAUUAGUGGAAGUUGAUGAUUCACCACCCCACAAGGCCAUGGUUCACACGCCUAAAGCAGAGGAGGAAGCCCCCAAGCUUGAGCUCAAACUUUUACCUCCUUCUCUAAAAUAUGAGUUCUUGGGUGAAAAUGAUUCAUAUCGGUGA